AUGGAGCUCGUGCCGCCGACUCAGAUCUCGGCUCCGAGCUUUUAUCUGCCGCACCAUGGAGUGUUUAAAUCGGAGAAUUCGGACAAGAUCAGAGUCGUUUUCAAUGCUUCGCAGAAGGCUGCGAACCGAGUAUCGCUCAACGAGACUUUGUUGACCGGCCCAAAACUGCAAAAGGACGUCACGUCAGUGAUUUCCCGGUGGCGUCUCUUCAGAUUUGUCUUCGUCACGGACAUCGUCAAGAUGUUUCGACAAAUAUUGCCGGUACAGGAUUAUAGAGCGCUUACAGUAACAUACGGCACCGCCCCGGCUCCGUUUUUGGCUCUCAGAGUCCUUCAGCAACUUGCAGCGGAUGAGCGUGAACGAUACCCAGAGGGAGCUCGUUUAUUGGAUCACCGGGUGUACGUCGAUGACUUGUUCGGUGGAGGAGAUGCGAUUGAUGAAACAAUCGAUCGCCGAAAUCAACUUAUAAAAAUGAUGAUGACCGCUGGUAUGGAGCUUGGCAAGUGGUCGGCCAACGAGGCUGUGCUGCUGCGUGAUAUUGCUGCAGACAAUGGCGAAAAAGUUUCUGCCGAAUUGGAGGACGUGGUGUCGACGCUGGGCCUGAAGUGGUGCCCACGGAGCGACGAAUUUUUGUUUGUAUCCUCGCUAGCUCCGAUGCCACAAGUGAUCACCAAGAGGAACAUACUCUCCGACGUGGCAAAGCUUUUUGACCCAUUAGGAUGGCUGGCUCCGGUGAUAAUCACAGCAAAAAUAUUACUUCAGGAUCUCUGGAUUGAAAAACUUGAUUGGGACACCCCUCUCGAGGGUGAGAUUUCCCUCAGGUGGCAGCGAUUUCGUGAGUCGCUGAAGGAUGUUUCGAAGAUUAGAAUUCCACGAUGGUUCGGCGGGCCUGAAGUUGGUACUUGGACACUGCAUGGUUUCUCGGAUGCCUCAAAGCGAGCCUACGCUGCGGCGGUCUAUAUGGUGAUCCCAGGAAAAAAGGCGACAUUAAUUAUGGCAAAAACAAAGGUCGCUCCAGUAAAGCUGGAGACUCUGCCUCGGUUGGAGCUGUGUGGGGCUGCCCUUUUGGUCAAGUUGACUAAACAGGUCUUGGAAAACAUGGAUACGCAACCGGAACAGAUUCAUUUUUGGUGCGAUUCUAAAGUUGUACUGGAUUGGCUGAACAGUCACCCAUCGCGUUGGCAAACAUUCGUAGCGAACAGAGUCAGCGAGAUAAAUUCAGCUUUCCCAGAGGCAGUUUGGCAUCAUGUCGUGUCGGAGGAUAAUGCGGCAGAUUGUGCUACUGGGGGACUCACGCCUGCUCAGGCGUCUACAUUUGAGUUGUGGUGGACGGGACCGGCUUGGCCUGGCUCGGCGAGCUCCAAUUGGCCUGCUUCAACAGAUCAAGCUUUGAAGAAGAAGGAAGUAGACGCAUAUGUGGCUCAAGAAAUAAGAGAGAAGGUAAUCAAGAAGGAAGACACCAUGCUUGCAAGAUUGACGAAGUAUUCAAGUUUUCUAAAAUUGACCCGCGUUUUGGGGUACUGCGGUCGCUGGCUCAGCAGGACUAGAGCGCGACGAAGCAAUUCUGCGUCACAGAUGAGACCGUUUCUCACUCUCUCGGAGCUCAGGUGGGCUAAGAUCGCCUGCUACAAAGUUAUACAACGAGAAUAUUACUCGACAGAGAUAAGCCUCAUGAAACAGGGAAAAGCGCUGCCAAAGAGAAGCAACUUGCGCAGCUUGACACCGUUCAUCGACCGUGAGGGCAUUAUUCGUCUUGGUGGUAGACUUCAGAAUUCGCCGCUCUCGUUCGGCGAGCGACACCCGGUAAUUUUGCCGGGAAGCUGUGAGAUUGUUCGGAAGUUGAUCAGCGGUAUUCAUAAGUUGACUCUUCAUGGGGGCGUGCAGUUGAUGCUCUCGCAGUUGCACCGUGAGUACUGGAUCACUGGCGCAAGGAGGAUCGUCGUCGGACUAUAUCGCGACUGCGUGAAAUGUGCACGAUACCGAGCUCAAACAGGAAGGCAGCAGAUGGCUCCACUGCCUGCAGAACGCCUCAUUCCACAGCGGCCCUUUGCAAGCACUGGAUUGGAUUAUGCCGGACCAGUGUCCGUGCUUUUCUCGCGUGGUCGCGGAGCGAAGAGUACAAAGGGCUACGUGGCGAUUUUUGUAUGUCUCGUUGUGAAGGCAGUACAUAUUGAAAUUGUAUCGGAUCUUACCACGGAUGCUUUCUUGGCAGCUUACGCGAGAAUUGUAGCUCGCCGAGGAGUGUGCACGAGAAUUUACUCGGACAAUGCUACGACUUUUAAGAAGGCCUCGACUGAGCUUGCACGCAUGUUCACGGAGGCUUCGGACUUCUAUUCGACGGUCACGGAACGACUUGCGUCUCGGGGCACGGAGUGGACUUUCAUACCCCCGCGAGCUCCGCACUUCGGUGGAUUAUGGGAGGCAGCUGUCAAAAGCUUUAAGUAUCACUUCAAAAGGAUUAUUGGCGAUACACCGAUGACAUUCGAAGAGUUAUCUACACUGGCUGCCCAAAUCGAAGCGUGUCUGAAUUCUCGCCCUCUCUGCAGACAAAGCGAUUGUCCCGAUGACCUAGUGGCAUUGACACCUGGGCACUUUUUGGUUGGCUCUGCGUAUCUUAUUCAAUUGGAAAAAUGUGAGGAAGAUCAAAGAAGGAGCUUGAACGAACGUUGGAAAUUGAUUGUGCAGCUUCGUAAUUCGUUUUGGGUGCGUUGGAGGAAGGAGGUUUUGAACCAGUUGCAGCAGCGUAACAAGUGGUACGACCAGCACGAAAAUUUCAAGAUUGGUGACAUGGUAUUGGUAAAGGAUGAGCUUUCACCUCCCGCGCGGUGGCCGCUUGGAUUGGUCACUGAGGUGCACCCUGGUAAAGAUGGACUUGUGCGUCUAGUCACGAUCAAGACCGCUUCGUCUCAGCUUACGCGACCGAUCGUUAAGGCGAAAGAUCGUUUACGAUUAAUAUUAAUUAAAAAGCACUGA